AAGCAUCCAUUCGCCAGUUUUCGGGCGAGAAGAGAAGGCAGCGCAGUUUAGUGUUUUAUUGAGCGGUCUGCCUAAAGAAAACUGAAUCAUGGCAAGAUCUAUGUCUUCUACCCAGGCAAAUAAAGAACAUGUCCUAGCUGUAUCCAGGGACUUCAUAUCCCAGCCCCGUUUGACUUACAAGACAGUGUCCGGUGUAAACGGGCCGCUUGUCAUCUUAGAUGAAGUGAAAUUCCCCAAAUUCUCUGAGAUUGUCCAGCUAAGACUUGCAGAUGGAACCCUCCGAUCUGGUCAGGUUCUGGAGGUCAGUGGCUCCAAAGCGGUUGUCCAAGUAUUCGAGGGCACAUCAGGCAUUGAUGCCAAGAACACGCUCUGCGAGUUCACUGGCGAUAUUUUGCGCACACCCGUAUCUGAGGACAUGUUGGGUCGUGUAUUCAAUGGAUCCGGAAAGCCAAUUGACAAGGGACCCCCAAUCUUGGCUGAGGACUUCCUUGACAUCCAAGGUCAGCCCAUCAACCCUUGGUCACGUAUCUACCCAGAAGAAAUGAUCCAGACUGGUAUCUCCGCUAUUGAUGUGAUGAACUCCAUCGCCCGUGGACAGAAGAUUCCAAUCUUCUCUGCCGCUGGUUUGCCCCACAAUGAAAUUGCCGCUCAGAUUUGUAGGCAAGCCGGUCUUGUUAAGGUACCCGGCAAGUCAGUUCUCGACGAUCACGAAGACAACUUCGCCAUUGUGUUCGCCGCUAUGGGUGUCAACAUGGAGACCGCCCGAUUCUUCAAACAGGACUUCGAAGAGAACGGUUCCAUGGAGAACGUGUGCCUGUUCUUGAACUUGGCCAACGAUCCCACCAUUGAGAGGAUCAUCACACCCCGCUUGGCUCUCACUGCUGCUGAGUUCCUGGCCUACCAGUGUGAGAAACACGUGUUGGUCAUCCUGACAGACAUGUCCUCAUACGCCGAAGCCUUGCGUGAGGUGUCCGCCGCCCGUGAGGAGGUGCCCGGACGACGUGGUUUCCCUGGUUACAUGUACACGGAUUUGGCUACAAUCUACGAGCGUGCCGGGCGAGUCGAGGGCCGCAACGGGUCCAUCACCCAGAUCCCCAUCCUUACUAUGCCCAACGACGACAUCACCCAUCCAAUUCCCGAUUUGACUGGUUAUAUUACCGAGGGACAGAUCUACGUAGACCGUCAGCUCCACAACAGACAGAUCUACCCACCAGUCAACGUACUGCCAUCUCUGUCUCGUCUCAUGAAGUCCGCCAUCGGCGAGGGCAUGACCCGCAAGGACCACUCUGACGUUUCUAACCAGCUGUACGCGUGCUACGCCAUCGGUAAGGACGUGCAGGCGAUGAAGGCCGUCGUCGGUGAGGAGGCUUUGACGCCCGACGACUUGCUGUACCUGGAAUUCCUUGGAAAGUUCGAGAAGAACUUCAUCACCCAGAGCAACUAUGAGAACCGUACCGUAUUCGAAUCGCUGGACAUCGGUUGGCAGUUGCUCCGUAUCUUCCCCAAGGAGAUGCUUAAACGUAUCCCGGCUUCCGUUCUCGCCGAGUUCUACCCCAGGGACUCUCGCCAUUAAACCUCUAUCCCGGAACACGGGCCGACAUUCUAACCUGGUUAUACUUAUAUAGGUUUUUAUUUGACGAUAAUUACUUGCACCUUAAUUUGUCUGUGUAUAUCCGACUGCUUUGGUCUUUAGUGUCGGACAUACACCAGCCAAAAUUGGGUGUGAGUAUAGCCAUCUUCAUUCCUUAAUAUGAUAUAUGUAGUUUAAUUCCCAUACUAUUACCAAACAAUUGGUAGGUGAUUAAUAAAACUGAUCGGUUUGUACGAUUUUGUCGCAAUUACUAGAUCCAAGAUGGCUGCCUUUGUAUAAUGCAGGUUUUAGACCAGUAGCGGGCAGUGUACAAAAUUUACUAAGUAUUGGAAUAUAUUUAUUUAUUUAAAUUGUCAAUUAUUUAAAUCAGAUGAUAGAUUAUAUAAUAGAUUUUGCGUCUGUAUAUUUUUUUUAUGUGAACAAAUAUUUGAAAUAUAAUGUCAGUGUUGAAUUUUUGUGUAUAGCAACCCAGAUGGGUCAAUUCGCUCUUUGUAUACAACGAUUUUAUAUUUUAGAAAAUUAUGUUUCUUGUAAUACGUUUCUAUUAUUUAUUCUCUCUGAAGGCUAGAAUGUCGGGCCGCGAUAUUUUGUAAGAUAUUAUAACUACUGGUUAUUAGUAAGUUGUUAAUAGUUUAUAAUAAUGUAUUACAUGUAUUACAAUCAAGUUACAAAAUCAUAACAAUCUUGUUGCUAAUAAUAGUGAUAAUUAGAAAAAAAAAGAUUAUAAAUCAUAUAAAUGUGUUGCUACAUUGGAAAAAGAAAUGUUGCCAUGUGUAUAUACUUUCUUAUAUAAUAGUAGUUUUUGCUGGACAAAUUUCAAAAUGUAUUUUAAAUAAUAAUUAUUUUGCUGGUGCUUCAGACACUUAUAUUUUAUGAUUUUUUUUUGUGCACAAAUUGUUGAUAGUGUGUUCAAUGGAGGUAUUCAACAUAUAAACCAAAUUAUAUUGUAUUAUGCGUCCAUGUGUGAUAUUCUUGAUUUUGUAACGGUUUGUGUCAGAAUUUUAUUUAUGUAAAUAGCAAUAAUAAAUAAAGAAAUAGCCCCGUAACAACGUGUUACAUUCCAAGUCGAUUCCUCUUUCACGCGUUAUUUAAAAUUCUGUAUUCGAUGAGUAAAGUGAACUAGGACAUUGUUGUUUUUGUGGAAAUAAAAACUAUAGAAGUUUAA